UAAAGGUCGGGUAUGUUUAGGUACGGAGUUUGAUCCUGCGUUACAAUUUACAAGUAGAUGACAUAUGAAUAAUGAGUUACUUUCCUUCACUGACCAAAAUGGAAAUCUACAUAAUUGUAGUGAUGUUCAUGGUCGGGGUGAUCAGCGCCGAUACCAAUGUUGUAAUACAGACGAAGCUUGGUAAACUGACAGGUGUGAAAACGGAAAGUAAUCUCAAGUUCCUCGGUGUACCAUACGCUGAACCACCUACCGGCAACUUAAGAUGGGCGGAUCCAGUAGGGCGGUCGCCAUGGUCACCAGCCAUGUACGACGCAACCAAAUUAAAGCCUGGAUGUCCACAGAAAGGAUGUUUUGACAUGAACCCAGCUUUCGUAUGUCCAACUGAGGUAUCUGAGGACUGCCUGUACCUGAACGUGUUUGCACCAGUUACGGCCAACAGCUCUUCCCCAAACCUUCCCGUUCUCGUCUACCUCCACGGUGGUAACUUUGUCCACAUGAGUUCUAACGCUGUGCUGUUUGACGGCUCUGUACUGUCUGCGAAUGGGCAGAUGAUCGUGAUUACACUAGACUACCGUCUAGGUGCUCUGGGGUUCCUAGUAACCGCUACAUCAAACACGGCGGCAGGGGCCAAGGGCAACUAUGGCAUACUGGACCAGCGCAUGGCGCUCAAAUGGGUCAAGGACAACAUCCGGGACUUCGGUGGCGAUCCCGACAAGAUGACUUUAAGUGGGCAGAGCGCAGGCGCACAAUCGGCAGUUAUCCACAUGAUGACACCUGCCAGCUCCAAGUACUUUCGGAGUGUGAUCCUUGAAAGCUCUCCGUUUUCCAUCCCCUACAAGACCCGUGUAGAGGCCCUGUACCUCGGUGACUUACUGGCAGACAAUCUUGGCUGUUCGCGGGGUGAUAUAAACUGCAUGGCGACCAAGUCGGCGGAUGACAUAGCAACAGCUCAACAUACAAUCCGCUCAGACCCAACAUCCAUAAAACUUCUAGACUUCUUUGAGCCUCUAGGACCUUUCGUCGACGGGUCUGUCGUUCCAUAUCAGCCACUAGAGGCGAUGAAUCACGGCAUCAUAGCAGAUGUACCAAUACUGAUAGGUACAACUUCCGAGGAGACUCGAAUAUACAUAUACGAAGCUUGGAAGAAAAACCUGACGGUGCCCUUGUAUACUGCAGCACUUAUCGGAACAUUCGGACCUAAUCAUAUAACCCAAGUACUGCAGAUGUACCCUCCCGUCCACGUAAAAGACGAGAGGGACGAUUUACAACAUGUAAGCACUGACUUCAUCUUUAGCUGCGCAAAGCGAAAUUUCUCAAGAGUUGCAAUAAACCAGAACAAAAAUGCCAUCUUUAAUUAUGUUUUCGACCACGCGUUCUCAUUCGAUGGUUGGGGCCCGAAUUUCACAUGCUGUAAAAAUCAUGUGUGCCAUGGGUCAGAGAUCCCGUAUAUGUUUCAGCCAGAUUUUAAGAAUAUGACCCUGAAUGCGGAUGAGAAAGUUAUGGCCGAUGCCUUGGGCAAGUACUGGUCUAAUUUUGUGAAAUCUGGAAAUCCGAACAAAGGUGGAGUUACGCCCCCUACUCUGGAAUGGCCGCAAUACAAUAACUCCACCAAUUUCUCCGCGCUGCGGUUUGCCACGCCCCGUAACAACAUUUUAGUGAACGUGAAACAGGAACUGUGUGAUUUCUGGGAUACGGUAGGGUACGGUGCAUAACGAGACGUUUUUAUAACAUAGAUAGGAAGUCAUUUUAUAUAUUUAUCAAUUAUAGAGUUAUUCUGAAUGAUAAUUAUGGUACAAUAAUUUUGAAGAUAAACUAAAACAGAAAGCUGAAAUGUCAUAAUUAAUGAGUGUCUCGAGGAAUAAAGUAACG